GCCAGUAGUCUGCUGUAUGCCAACAGAGGAAAUCGAGAAUGCGUCUCUUCCUGUGGGUUGGAAAAGCUACAGAUCACCUGAGGGACGGAAAUACUAUGUCAACCCAAGCACUAAAGAGACAACGUGGGAACUGCCAAGCACAUCCACCACCAUCACAAAAGCUACUGGGUUUCACCGGAACUCAGUAAAUGGUUGUCAGUCUCCCGGAGCCUCUGGUCAUGUGCUGGAACAUCCAGAUGUGUCCCUAAGGAAGACCAACAUAAGCAACCAGAGCCCAGGGUCCACGUCCCCGGCCAGGAGGCAGAAUAAGGAGAAGGAGAUCAGGGAGACCAAAAUCACUAUCAACUGCGUCACCUUCCCUGUGCCCAUGUCUACGCUGGAGCAGCAGCUUCUCAAGCCCAAUGAAUGGAGCUACUGCGACUAUUUCUGGGCCGAUAAGAGGGACCCUCAGGGGGCAACAGUGUCAGGGUUCGAAGUGCUGCUGCAGAAACAGCUGAAGGGAAAGCAGAUGCAGAAAGAGAUGGCUGAGUUCAUCAGAGAAAGGAUAAAAAUCGAAGAGGAAUAUGCCAAGAACCUUUCCAAACUCUCCAUGUUCCCAAUGGCAGCACAAGAGGAAGGGACUCUUGGAGAAGCUUGGGCUCAAGUCAAGAAGAGUCUAGCUGAUGAAGCCGAGGUCCAUCUCAAGUUCUCCUCAAAGCUCCAGAGUGAAGUCGAGAAGCCUUUCCUGACCUUCAGAGGGGACAACUUUAAAAAAGACAUGAAGAAAUACGACCACCACAUCGCUGACCUGAGAAAGCAGCUGGUCAGCCGUUAUGCUGCAGUGGAGAAGGCACGGAAGGCUCUAGCAGACAGACAGAAGGAUCUUGAGGUGAAAACACAGCAGCUUGAGAUCAAAUUGAGCAACAAAACAGAGGAGGAUAUUAAGAAAGCCCGACGGAAAUCCACACAAGCAGGUGAUGAUCUGAUGCGCUGUGUGGACCUUUACAACCAGGCUCAGUCAAAGUGGUUUGAGGAGAUGGUCACCACAAGCCUGGAGUUGGAGAGGCUGGAGGUGGAGCGAGUAGAGAUGAUCCAGCAGCAUCUGCGUCAGUACACUACGCUGCGGCAUGAGACCGACAUGUUCAACCAAAGUACGCUGGAGCCGGUUGACCAGCUCCUGCAGAGUGUGGACCCAGCCAAAGACAGAGAGCUCUGGGUAAAGGAACACAAGACAGGAGAUAUGAGACCUGUGGACAUGGACAUCUAGACCGACCACACACACACACACACACACACACAGAAACACAUUAUACUAUAUGAAUCUACCUGCAUGCCUGUCUACCUGAGUACUUCAACCUCUCAGCCAAAGCCAUACAGGUAUCACCCCUUGAAGCACUGCUUGUUUUGUGGAUUUCCACUGAAAAUAUCAGAUAAUUACAAAAUCAAAGCUUUAUAGAAGAUUUUCUUAAUGUCAUGUGGAAUGAGUGUCAGGAAAGGACAGCAGACGCAUUAUGAUAUUGAGUAGCCAUCCAUAUAAUCCUGCAUGUCCUUUGAAUAACUUUAAGAUGCUACUAAAGACUUCCCAGUAGGUCUAUUACAUUAACAUGAAGAAAAAUAAAUAAAGAAAUAAAGAAAUAGUCAGGGCUCCAUUGAUAAAGAUCUGAACAAAUACUGUACAGUAAAACACCUGUUUGUUUAAUUGCAGCGGUGGAUGCCUGUUAAACAAAUUUCAUUCAAUCAAUAUUUUUUUUUAUCUUUUUGGUGUAAAAGUGAUAGUGUAAACACAUUGAACUACACAGCUAGUUGUGGAUAUUUAUAGUUCCCUCGAUUAAAGUGUGGGUGUAAAGCUGCAUGCGUUCACACUGCCAGCGACUCAGUAGCAAUGACAUUCACGGAUGUUAUUCCAUGUUUUAGACACCUAAUCCGUUUUCUUGCCGCUAAAAACAAACAUUUUGGAGGGAAAAGACUAAAUCUAAAUGGAAUCGGUACAUAAAAUGCUUAUAUUAAAGAUGAACGAGAAACAGCGAGUGCUCUGUGU